GCCUGAGCCCGCGGCCAACCCGAUUCAGUGAACAAUCUCCACCUCGGUAUCAGUCAGGAACAUUAGAAGCAAAUCGACCAGAUAGCUUAAUUUUUUCUCAAUAUUCUACCCCACCGAUGGCUGUUGUUUCUUAAUGCUCCCUGCAAUAUCCGCCCUGCACGUCCAACAGGGUUCAUCCAACCGAAUUGGGACGAAAUCUCAGCCACAGGCCUCAGGAUCGUGAGGCCAAAAUGAAUGAUGAUUCCCUCGGCAGCGACCCGUCCACCAAGUUGGAUUUUAUCAACUACCUCUGCCGCGUACUCUCGUCGGAUGUCGACGUCUGCUUUGCUCCCUCUAUAAGACACGAGCCUCCCCCCAUUGUCACAUUAAAUGAGAUCCGGAAUGCGAAGGACAUAUGUCCCUCGAGCAUGGGCGGCUCCAAGAUCCUAGAGAUUAAUGUAUCAACUAUAUUAAAGGUUGGACCGAUGGUGCGCAUGGGGGAGGCCGAAACCCUCUAUCUGCUCAAGGAGAGGACAUCCGUCCCCGUCCCCCGCGUCCUCAAUGCCUAUGUGAUCGGUGAUAUCGGGUUUAUCCUGAUGGAGAAGAUUCCUGGAAAAUCUCUGGAAGACUGCUGGGAAGACAUGGCGGAAGACUCGCAACGGUCCAUUGUCCGGCAAUUGGCCAGUUUUAUACAGGAGUGGCGCCGGAUCGAAGGGCCCGUCUUCGGGUCGGUCGAUGGUGGGCCGUGCGAGGACAUCCUGUUUAAGCAUUCGUGGGAUGCACAACCCCGUCAGUACGGGCCCUUUCAGACUCGGAAGGAAUUCAAUGAAGGGGUUGUACAGGCCCUUCGCUACUCGAGACCGCAAGCGAAAUUAACAGCGAAAGAUGAGCCCCUGGCGGAGAAGGUUUUGGCCUCGGGCGCUCAAGAUGAGAGGAAGGUGCUGACGCAUGGCGAUCUGCACCAGAGCAAUAUUAUUGUGGACGACGACGUCGUCACGGGGGUUAUCGACUGGGGUGCCGCGGGAUACAGCAUCUGGGCAAGGGAGUAUUUUGGCAUACGAUGGCAAGCGUUGGAUUUAGAAUGGAGGGAGCUUACAUCGACCCUCGUCGGAGUCGAUGAGUACGAAUUCUGGGCCGAAGUGAAUCAAUCCAUGCUGGAUUACACGGGUAUCUGAGGCUCAAUAUACAGGGAGGAGUUUGUUUGCUUGUUUCAUUUUUUCAGACCCAUCCACUUGUCCCCCACCGCGCCUCGAACCGACCUUGCUGGCUUUCCGACCAUCCCCUUCCAGAACUGACAGGUGCCGGGUGGGACGAGCUCGUUCACCUCCAGGGACAGCAAGGUGUCAAACACCCAAUCUUGGCAUUUCUUCUUUCCAUCCCUUGGUGCCCGCUCCGAACUGAUCACCCUGAUCGCCUCCUGUCGUUGCAGAUCGGUGAGCUCGCCCAGUUUGACCUUCCCAACCGCCUGCAUGGUGACCAACGGGGUGCUCAUCCGCGGCUCGAACUCGUACCAAAGCCUGUCGAGGUCGAGUAACUUGACGUGGAGCAGAUCGCCGACAAGCUGGGAUGGUCGGUUGAUCACGAACCCCCAGUGGGACCGGUGUCUCGGGUCUUCCCCUAGCCCAAAUAUUUCGAUAGAGAGCUCAUAAGCCAUGACUAUCUGCUAAAGUCGUUGGUUGGCUUUUGGUGUCAACAGACACCUAGCCCUUGUGGAGACAACACUUCACUGUAUAUGCCAAUGCGAGGCAAUAAGCUUGGAUCAUGAAUUUCUCAACAAAGACAUCUUCUUUGUUCCUGCCUUGAAGAAAACCGAGC